CAGGAUCGCGCGCGAGAACACGUGACUACUUGGAACCAAUUAGAGAGCCAGAUUCAAAGUUCCGUUUCAUCUUCGUCUGACUCAACCACAACCAACUGCUACAGUUUUGUAUACAACUAUACUAUAAUCGUGUAUCGUGUGUACGCUGUCCCGAGUGAAAAUGUAUUUUUCUCAAUUAAUUCUGGAUUUUUAAAUAGACUGUGUUUAAUAAGUGUGUGUAAAUAAUCGAUCCAUUUCUAUUUGGAGAGGUUGAGAUUCAUCCAAUAUGUCUACCUCUAUGGAUAUAUUUUUAAAUGGCCCAGACUUCAUCCCAAUACCAGAAUCGCUUGAAAUGGGAAUGAUAUCUGAAAUGGAUUCAUUACUGGGCAGUCAGAACGAUUUUUCUGGCUUCAACUUUAACAGCUUAGAAUUAGAAGAGUUUUCGGACGCUCGGGAUUACAGAUGGUUUAAUACUAACUCAAACCAUUCAAUCUUCGAUCUCAAUGGGGAUGAUGGUCCAACUAUGGUCAAUCCUAAUGCGGUCCUGCCUCUUAUGUCUACAAGAGGAAGAAGUCCAUCACCUGCCCUAAGAGAAAGUCAUUUGACAUUUUCUCCAGCAACAAUUAAAAUUUCAUCACUAAAGGCUGAUGCUGUAGCAGUGAAACAGGACCUCCUAAAUCGUUUUGAUGGCAGUAAAAAAGUAGUUAAGAAAACAAUGAUACCCAUCAAUCUUCCUCCGAUUAUCAAAUCAGUAGCAAAAGUCCCAAUUCUAGCUAAAUCUGGAUUUAAACCUAUUGGUAUAAAAGGGCAGACUGGCCAGACUUUGGGCCACUCAGUUAUAAUAAAAAAUGGUAUUGGUGAAACUUCUCGUUCUAUGUCCAUUCAAACACAUGCUAAAAAAGUCCCAGUUCAAAAACCGACUCUAGACAUAGACGACGAAAACUUCCUAUAUCCAAAACCAGCCUAUAGCUAUUCUUGUUUAAUAGCAAUGGCUUUAAAAAAUAGCAGAAGUGGUUCUUUGCCUGUUUCAGAAAUUUAUAAUUUUAUGUGCAAGCAUUUUCCCUAUUUUAAAACUGCACCAAAAGCUUGGAAAAAUUCAGUAAGGCACAAUUUAUCUUUGAAUAAAUGUUUUGAAAAAAUAGAAAAGCCUGCUGUUAAUGGAGCCCAAAGAAAGGGUUGUUUAUGGGGCAUGAACCCAGAUAAAAUCAAUAAAAUGGACGAGGAAGUACAAAAAUGGUCCAGAAAAGAUCCUAUGUCCAUCAAGAAGGCUAUGGUUUAUCCUGAAACUCUUGAAGCACUUGAAAGGGGUGAGCUUAAAUUUGCUUGCGCCUGUACUGAUGAGGAAGGAGAAAAUUAUAUCGAUUCAUCAGCGGCAGAAAGUGAUUCAGAUGAUUCACAGGAAGAAAGAUUGGCAUGGAGCCAGGUGCCUAUUGAAUUUGAAUCUCAGGAUCUCAUAGAGUACGAUGAGUUUAAUUCAGGACAAACUGACGAUGAUCUUGAAGAUGACAAGCGAGUAGUGAGACUGAGAAUGGGGCUGCCACAGAAAGAGCUAGACUAUGAGAAGACCAUCAACAAUAAGAGAAGGAAGACGCAUAUAGUCCUCAAUCAAUAACUAAUUUGUACAGUACCUGUAAGAAUUUUUUGUAUAAGUUAAAAUUCUUUAAGAAUUUUUUGUACAAAUUAGUUCUUUAUUUUACAAUGGAAAGGUGAAGCUGAGAUGGGAUUUUCAUUCAAUGUUUUUCCUUAUAGCAUGCAUAUUUUAAAAGAUUUAUUUUUAUUUUUGUUGAGCUAUGCACAUUAAAACAUUUGAAUCACAGUAUGAAAAAGUUUUCACCUUCAUUAUUAUGAUGAACAGAUUUGUGUUUUUAAUGGACAUUUUUUUUUUUGAAAUAUUUUAUUUUCAAGUAGUCUAUAAUUUGAACUUUAUUGCAGUCAACUCUUGACACAGAAGUGUAUUAUGUACAGGACUGAGAAGAUUUGUUCCUUUUUUUUCCCGCUAGAGGCAGCUAAUUUGUUCAUUUUAAAUUUUUUGUUUAUUAUUAUGAAUGAAAUUAUUGCAUAAAUGAAGUAAAAGCAUAAAUGAAUGUGGAUCUGCCUGCUCAUUUACACAAGCGUCUAUAAUAAAAUGUUUUAUGCCAUUCGGCCAUGCAGGUCUUUUUGGGCUGAGCUCAACGUUUGGAAGCCCACACUUAGCAGAGGCCUACAAUUGAGGCUUUUUGGCCUAAUGACAUAAAUAACUAUUAUGCAUUGCAUGUUUUUUUUUCUGAUACGGAACAUAAGUUGAAACUUGAAAGUACACAGGGACAAAUUAUUUUUUGAGAACAGAAUGAAUAGUGAUAUUUUAAGUAUUAGAAAGUGGUUGAAUGCAAAUUUUUUAACUCCUAAUAUCUUGAAAACAAAUAUUGCUUGUUUUAAAUGUCAUAUAGGUAAUGUUUCCUUAAUUACAGUUAGUUUGUUUUUGAGCCUUAUACAAUGUUGGUAUUUUCUCCCCAAUAUAUUCUAUAUAAGGUCUGUUCUCACAGAAAUCACAAACCAGUCAGAGCAAAUUCUAUUGGUUGAAAAUAGUGAGAAAACUGUUUGUUGUCCUAAGGGAUUUCAUCAUAUUUUUGUGCAACUGUCAAUAAAUUAUGUGUUACGCCAUACAUUUUUUCCCACCUGGAUGACGUAACUACAAAUAGGAAUAUAUAAAAAAAUAGAAACGCAAAUCUGAUUCACAAAAUUAUAUCAAAUAACUAUAACUGUAAGUUAUAAACUUGAAUCUCAUUAAUUUCCAUAUCAGCUUUUAUAUACCUUGAACAUUGGAUUAGCAAUGUAAUUACUAUAAAAAAAUUUAUUAUGAAUGGAUUCUAUAAUCCAAUAGGAUAAUAUUUUGGAAGCUGUGUAAGAAGGUGAUAAUAUGUGUAUAUUGAUAACGUUUGAGUUAGUAUUAGUGCAGUUGAAGCGAUAGAAAAUAAUGUAGAUGUUUUAUUUUUACAACCGAGCUAUCAAGACUGCCAUAUUUUCCACUGUUCAAAAAAUAAUUUUUUAAUGCCUAAUUAUUGGGCAUUAUUGUUUAGUUAUUAAAUGUCCUAAACCAACACCCACCCCGAGCAAACUCUAGCUGCUCAUGAUGGGUGAUGGAUAAAUUCAUUAACACUCUUUCUUUAUUUUCCUUUCAUUGACUUUUUCCCAAGACUGGAAAAUAAAGAACAAAUUUGUUCAUUUUCGAUUGAAGAACAUAAUAAUAAUAUUAAUAAUAAUAAUAAUAAUCAUAAAACCUUAUAGUGAUGUCUUUAUUUGUAAAUUAUGAGACUUUACAAAAAGGCGAAGUUGAAGCUGAGCUUCGUUACUUAACCUAUAUAUUGUAAGUUCUGUUUAUGGAACCUAUAGAUCAUUGUCGAUUUUGAGUGUUUGCCAACUUUCUCUCUCAAUGGACAAUGUUCUUAUUCUGCAAAUAACUAAACUGCUCCACAGGAGUUAAGAAUAUGAAGUUUUCUUUGUAAAAAAAACAAGGUGUCUGUUUUUAUGUAAAUAUAAACUUUAUUAUAAUAAAUAAACACUUUUUUGAAAUUCUGCUGCUGGUAUUUGGUAUUAAUGUACUGUAAAUUUUUUUUCAUAGAAAACAUCCAUAAUCUUAACUACUGUGGAGCAGCUUCCGAAAAUAGCAAAUAUUGGCUCAUAUGAAUAAAACAGAAGCAAAUGCUUUUUCUCAAGUUUUUUGAGAUAAACAUACAUAUUCAGCUUUAAUGCAGCAAAAAGAGAUGGAGGUAGUGUAAAAGCAUUUGCUACACUUGAUUUAUAUGAUUGAUUGACAUUUUUGAUAGAAAAAGUCAAUAUUUUCUUCCACCUCUAGUCGUUGCCAGGAAACGGAAGGUAACUGGAAGAAAAUAUUUGUGAUUAUAAUUUGUCCUUUCAAGUCGAAAAAAAAAUUAAAAUGUCAAAACUUGUCGGAAAUGAAUGAAAUUAUUUUUAGUUGAAAUUAUGAUGAUUUAAAAUGAAAUAGUGUACAAACCUCGGUAGGAAGUUUCGUUCCGCGUCGCAGUUAACUUAUUAAUCUUUUUACAGGAAUGGAACAGUUCCCACCUUGGUUUGUGAUGUACUAUUUGUAUGUGGUUGUUUUUAGUGCUGGGCCGAUACCUCCUUUCAGAUACUGACACUGAUAUUUGUGAUACCUCCUUGGUUAAUGGUCAAUAUCGAAAUUUCGUUUUUUUAUUAUAAAAUUUAUAUUAUAAAAGUACAAUUUUCUUGUCAAAACUGUUUACCUUCUGCAAGUAUCUCAAUUCAUAUACUUGUAUAUAAAUUGGGUUUCAAGGAGUAUCAGAAAAUCCUGAAUAUGGUAUCGGCCUAGCCCUAUCUUUAUAUUAAAGUUAGUUCGUAAUUAUGUAUCUCUUUUUGCGACCAUUGAACCUGUAUUUUGUAAAUUUUACACUAAGGGCCGUUUUUUCAUCAACUUGACCUUGUUUUUUUUUCUGUUAUGGAAAUAUCAUGAAGAUUUUGAAAAUAAAUUUCCGAAAAUCAGAGAAUUCUUGACAGUGAGUCGAAUUAAACUGAGUGUGUUUUUCAAAGAUAUGAAAAAAUAAAAAAAUAUGUACUGGGAGCCUGGUAGUGAUAUCCAAUAUUGCAGGGUUCUAGCAGACUCGACAAAUUAGUGAGCUCGUAUUCAGUCCAGCAUGCACAAGGUGUAGAAUAUGGCGGCACUGAACAUAGUUUGAUUUAUUAUUUAUAGUUUAACCAUAGAUGAAAAAAAGUCCUAAAUCUGUUAAAUUUACAUUUUCAUUGGUGUAUUUUGAAUCUUGACUGAUUAUUUUUACAUUCGUAUAUAUUUUGUUUAAUGUGUUUAGUUGUAGUCAUACUUUUUGUUUUUAAAUGUAGUUUAAUUUAUUAUAUUUGCAAUACUUCCAAUGACGCCUUUAAAAACUUUCUACAUUUUCUGCGCUCAUUGGAAAAAAAACUUGUGUAUGUCAAUUUUGUUUUUUACAAAAAUAAACGUGGAGGUAGUUAGACUAUU